AUUCUGAAUAGGGCAGGUUGCAGGACUGCAUGAGGACAAUGAGACGAAAAUCCUGAUCUGUUUAAUAAACCAUAAAAUUGCUCUCUCUUUUUUGGUUAUAACUGCUGGCUCACUUUGGAUUUGAUUCAUCAGUGCACAUGAGUGCGUACAGGCUGCAGCAACUCAAGGGUCAGAUUGUGCCUGAAUACAAGAUCACAGCAAUGGCAGGCUCACCUAGUCCUCUGACCACCCAUGUGCUGAACACUGCGAUGGGCGUCCCUGGCUCGAACAUUGCCAUCUGUCUGUACCGACAAGACCCCUCCAAUAAUGCCUGGAGUUUGAUAACUGCUGGGGCAACUAAUGCUGACGGACGCUGCCCAGGACUCAUCACAAAACAAUUGUUUACUUCUGGUGUGUAUAAAAUGCGUUUUGAGACUGGUCAGUACUGGAAGAAUAUGGGAGAGACCUGCUUUUACCCAUAUGUUGAGAUUGUCUUCACUAUUAAUGACCCCGGCCAAAAGUACCAUGUCCCUCUGCUCCUGAGUCGUUUCUCUUAUAGUACAUACAGAGGGAGCUAGGGGUCGAGUGUGAUGACCAUCCUGAGGCUACCUCCAUCUAUCAGCUGUCAUACACAUCACAGGCAGAGGCAGCACCACCAAGAAUAUUUAUACCAGCACCAGCCAAACAGUCACAACUGCUGACAACACACAAUGCUCCAUCUGAAUGAUGCCUCCAUUUGAAUAAAGAUGUUCUAAUCAAUAUAUUUUUUUGUAAUUAAACAAACCAUAUUACUCAUAUACAUUGUUAUUAUGCUACCAUAAUAUUUAACCGAUUUAAAACAGUUAUCAUGACAUGCAAUUUCUUAAUGAACCUAUUAAAUAAAGUGUUUUUUUUGUCCAAUGUUUCUUUUGUUUGAUGUCAAGAUCCAUAUGGAUCAGUGGUCACUCAUGAGGGAAGUGAAAUAGAGGUUGUUAUCUGUUAUACAUAUCUGGGUAUUUUGAUUGAUGAUUAUGUUUUAAGCUAUAUGUACAGUACCUGGUGAAAGUGCUAGGCUAAAAUUGGAUUUUUAUUUUCAAAAUAAGUUGUGUUUUUCUUUUGAUCUAUAAAGAGACUCCAUCAGAGAGGUCCAUCACCAUUGUAAAGCUCUGACUCCAAACUGUGGAUAUAGGCCCACUCUCAGGUAGGAUGAUCAUCUGCUCUGGCCACCCAUGCUCUGUCAUUGGUACACUGUCAUAUAUUAAAGAAUUCCCGGCCUGCUCCCAUACUACUUAUGUGUCUUUAUCACACAGAAAAGCGUCGGACAAUACUCUUUGCACUCUCAAGACUUCAUUUUUCUCUCUGUUUCAAAUGCCCAUAAGGAAAUUGGAAAAAGUAAAUUGAUGUAUUCUGCACCAUUGGCAUGGAAAAUGUUGAAGGAUGACUUGCAAUUUAAAGCAUCAAUCUUGUUAAAUGCUUUAAAAUGCAGAAUAACAACUAGGGGUCAAUUCUAUGAUGUUCAAGAUUCAAGAUUCAUGAUGUUAAUGGUUUUAAUUUACCUGAUUACAAAACGAACUCUUAAACUUCUCUGAGAUGUGAGUUCCUUUUGCCUUACUUCCUUUUCAUUUUGUCUAUUUUUGUGUUAUUUGUGUUUUCUGUCUGUAACUAUGUUUUAUUUGCUGCCUGUCUUGGCAAAGUAUCCCCCCAAAAAGAGACUCUUGAUAUCAAUGGAACUCUCCUGGUUUAAUAAAGGUUUAGAAAAUCUG